AUGAACAGUGUUUCUUUGGAAACUCCAUUGGUGAAGUUUACAUUUUCUAAUGGGUCAUUAUGUUGUGAUGACUCUCAAUUAAGAGAUACUCUCAAAGAACUUAUUCUAAGAUAUGGUAACAACAUAACUAAUGAAAGCACUACUGAUUAUGAAGAUGAUAUUAUUGGAACUCCACCAUUAAGUCAUUCUGUAUAUUAUCCGACAAUGAAAGAAAUAAUAGAACAUGAAACUAAAAAGAAAUACUGUGACAAAAUCAGACAUAAAAGACUGGAUGAAAAAAUUAAAGAGGCUCAAUAUUCUAUAUUCUAUACUAGGUAUUCCUCAAUUGAGGAGUUCUUAUCGAGUGUUUACCUUUAA